GUGUAUGUGCUGCUGCUGUGGGCAUGUCCGCUCUUUCUAUUAGUGUUGAAUGGUGUCUGGCAAAUGACGUAAUGGUUGAAGCCGGGGUCCUGACAAGCGAUAACAUUUGUGAUAAAGGGCCGGAUUGAGCUGGUGCCCCUUCUGUCUCAGACAUAUUAAACACACACAUACAUACACACACACACAGACACACACACAGACAGACAGACAGACAGACAUAGGCAUCGCGUUUGAACAACGAGCUCAGCCCGUUCCUUCCCCUCAUUCUCUCUCUCUCUUUCUGCCUCUCUCUCUCUCUCUCUCUCUCUCCUCUCUCUCUCUCUCUAAAAUCUCACUCUGCAACAACUCAGACGGUUCAUGGCUCUCACCAAAGCUCCACCAUCUUUCGAGCUGCAAAGAUUAUUACCAUCAAAUCAACAGAUAUGGUCCGGAAAAAGAAUCCACCACUGAGAAAUCUCGUGAGCCAAGGGGAAGGUGAAGUUUGCCAGGUUCCUCAGUCAGAAGCUGCUGUGAACAAGGAGGCUGCUGAGGGCUCAAGACACCCGGAUCCCAUGCAGGAACACAACAACCAACAAGAUGCACUAGACUCAAUCAACAAGGAGGAACAUUGUCUGCGUGUCACAGACGCAGCCGGCAUCAAAAGUGACUUGAAAAGCCCCGCACUGGGCGAAGGGACUGGCUUCAAUUAUGAAAGCCACAAAAAGGGAGGAAAUGUUCCAUCCUUCCCGCAAGAUGAGGUGACAGACAGAAAUAUGUCUGCUUUCUCAUCUCAGGCUGCUGGUGGAGUCUGCGAGGCCUGGAAGUCUCCUGGCAGAUCAGAACCAGAUGAUGGCGAUGGCAGGAACUGCAAUGCAUCUGGGAACUUCUCGGAAACAAACCACGCGAUCCAGGCGUCACCUAAGAGUGGGCUUGAGAAGGUCCAGCUGCUUCAGGGUGGGCCACCUGACCAUCACACUUCAAAUCCCAGCUCCGUGCCUUCAGAAAACUCUCAGGUGCUUUCAGGUGAGACUGAUGCACUUGAAAAAUCAAAAGCAGAGGAACUGACUGAUAAUCCAGAUGAGGCGCCUCUGACUCCAGAGCUGCAAGACUUCAAAUGCAACAUUUGUGGUUAUGGCUAUUAUGGGAACGACCCAACCGAUUUGAUCAAGCAUUUCCGCAAAUAUCACCUAGGUCUGCACAACCGCACCCGCCAAGAUGCGGAUCUGGACACCAAAAUCCUGGCCCUGCACAACAUGGUACAGUUCUCCCAGUCCAAAGAUUUUAAGAAACUGAGUCGAAACGCGGGCCUGCUUACGGGGAUGUUACAGGAUCUGAAUGUCCAGCGGUCUACCAUGUUAAAUGGGACCUAUGAUGUACAUGUUACAUUGGGAGGAAUGUUCAUUGGCAUUGGACGCAAAACACCAGACUGCCAAGGCAACACCAAGUAUUUCCGGUGCAAAUUCUGCAAUUUCACCUACAUGGGCAGCUCUUCUACUGAACUAGAACAGCACUUCAUGUCAACUCAUCCCAAUAAAAUGAAAAGUGUGCCUUCUGCUCUGGAAUCUGGGAAAGAUGCCAACAAAUCCGAGAAAAACGCUAGUAAAGGCACCCCUGCAGUUGAGCGCUAUUUACCUCGUCCAUCAGACCCAGAGGAUUUGGGGAAAUGGCAAGAUAAGUCUACCAUCAGGGCAGAGGAUAACACCCCCAUUGGCUACUCUGUACCCAUCAAAUCCAUGGACACCUCCAAACAAAAUGGCCUGGACGCUACCUGUUACUUCUGGUGUAGGCUUUGCAGCUUCAGUUGUGAGUCUUCAGACAGCUUAAAGCUCAUGGAUCAUUAUAACAAGCAGCACGGAGAAGAUCAACGCACUAGUUACUUUAACAGAGAUUUUUCUGACAAAAUUGCCAGCCAGGGACCUGUACUUAACCAGAAUGACUCUUCGAAAGAAAGUGAGCUUAAUGCAACUAAUAAAUCGGAUGGGGAAUUCUCUGCUAAAGCAGACAAAGGAAUAGGCUCAGUCAAAAAGAAAGAAGCCACCAACUCGACUGAGGAAAGCAUGAUGACCAGCUACAACUGUCAGUUGUGUAAAUUCAGGUACUCAUUGAGUCAUGGACCUGACGUGAUCAUUGUGGGACCUUUGCUGAGGCACUACCAUUACAGACACAACGUUCACAAAUGCACCAUUAAACACUGCCAGUACUGCCCCGGAGGGCUGUGUGGCCCAGAAAAGCACCUUGGGGAAAUCACCUACCCAUUUGCUUGCAGGAAAAGUAAUUGCUCCCACUGCGCUCUGCUGCUCUUGCACUCGUCCCCAGGGGCGGGAGGGAGUGCAAGGGUUAAACACCAGUGCGAUCAAUGUUCAUUCACAGUUCAGGAUGCAGAUGUGCUCCUGCAGCAUUAUGAUAGCACGCAUAGCACACCCCCCCCAGGCAAGGCUGAGGAGGCCAACAGCCAGGGAAGUGAUGGACAGGUGCCCGGCAAAGAGACUGAAGAACACUGUUGUACCAAAUGUGACUUUGUUACCCAAGUAGAGGAAGAGGUCUUCCGUCACUACAGGAGGGCUCAUAACUGCUACAAGUGUCGUCAGUGCAAGUGGACGGCUCCCAGCACACAGGCUUUGCUGGAGCAUUUCAACGCGGCGCAUUGCGCUGCCCCGGAGCCAGGCAGCGGCUCCACUGACACGGAGACCCCCCCUGCAACAGCCAACAGCCUCGGCCACGGCGGGGAGGGGGCCACGGUCACAGUGGAGCUGCGGCACCGCACUCCCACCCCAUCGGAGAGCCAGCCUCACCCCCCCGCAGCGGCAGCAGAGGAGAGGGACGGGCGCAGCUCCGACAAGCGCUGGUCUGACUCCUCCAAGGAAGAGGCGAGGAAAACGUCCUGGAGCGUCAAGGAGAGGGCGGCCCCCGGGGAGCUGCACCCAGGGAACAGCCCCUUCCCCGGCCAGAGCGCGCUGCCUCUGCUCAGCACCAGCCUGGCCGCCAGCCAGCAACAGGAGACCCUCAAACCCCCCGCACGCAGGGCGAUGGAAGAAGUGUUCGGGCUGCAGACCCCAGACUCCAAGAGCUUUCCCAGCGGGGCGUCCGUGCAGCCUCUCCCCGGAGCAGGAGCAGGAGGAGGGGAGAGGGAGAGGGACAAGCGGGCUCUCACCUCACAGUAUCCCACAAGCACAGAGCUCAAGUCCAGAGAGGAGUCCCAGACACUGCUGCGGAGACGAAGAGGCUCUGGAGUGUUCUGUGCCAACUGCCUGACCACAAAGACCUCUCUUUGGCGAAAGAAUGCAAACGGUGGAUAUGUAUGCAACGCAUGUGGGCUGUACCAGAAGCUGCACUCGACUCCGAGGCCUUUAAAUAUCAUCAAACAAAGUAACGGGGAGCAGAUUAUUCGACGACGCACAAGAAAGAGGCUUAACCCUGAAGUCCUCCAAACAGAUCAAGUAAACAAACAGCAGAGGGUGAACAGCGAGGAGCAAUCGAAUGAUGGUUCCCUGGAGAGGAAACCUGAUGACCACCCUGCUGACGGUCAACACCGAGAGCAGCAGCAGCCUAGCCUGAGCAAACUUGACAUGUAUGGUUCAGUCAGUAAACCGCACCAUGGCCAAACAGCAUUGGUGGUUGGCCAGACUGCAGACCUUCACAGGAGGAUGCAACCUCUUCACAUCCAGGUGAAGAACCCUCAGGAAAGCAGCGGCGAUUCAGGAAAUUGUUUGCCUGUUUCGGAAGGAAAAGGAGGUUCAGAACGAGGGAGCCCUAUAGAAAAAUACCUUCGACCUACAAAGCACCCAAACUACUCUCCUCCAGGAAGCCCUAUUGAGAAGUACCAGUAUCCAUUAUUUGGUUUUCAGUUUGUGCAUAGUGAUUUACAAAAUGAAGCUGACUGGUUGCGGUUCUGGAGUAAGUAUAAGUUGUCUGUCGCUGGAAAUCCACACUACAUGAGCCAUGUCUCUGGCCUCCCGAACCCCUGCCAAAACUUUGUGCCUUAUCCUGCCUUUAACCUGCCUCCGACUUACUCAUCCCAUGGACCUGAUAAUGACAUUCCUUUGGAUCUGGCGACAAAGCAUUCCAGAUCAGGACCAACCGCAAACGGUGCCACAAAGGACAAAAUCACAGCGUCGGUAUCCACGAAGGAGGAGUGUGGGGAGAACGCGGUAAAAACGCCGGACAAAGUUGACAAAGGCACUCAAGAUGAAUCGCUGACAAAGUGCAUCCACUGCAGCAUUCUCUUUAUGGAUGAAGUAAUGUAUGCAUUACAUAUGAGUUGCCAUGGUGAAAACGGACCCUUCCAGUGUAGCAUAUGCCAGCAUUUCUGUACAGACAAGUAUGACUUUAUGACACACAUUCAGAGGGGCCUACAUAGAAAUGUGCAAUCUGAUAAAAAUUGCAAGCCUAAGGAAUAGAACUCUAGUACUGUAACCCAGUGAGUACACGUUGCAUUUUAGAAUUUGGGAGAACAAUCAGAAUAUUAUUUUUCUAAAAAAAAGGAAAUGUAAAACAUUUGAAAAUGAU